AUGACAACACCAAACCAUCUGCCUGCAGACGCAAUCCAGCGAGUCCUUUUCGUCCAUUCCAAAGUUCACGUCUAUAAUAUUCCGCCAUUGACCUCUAAUAAAGGAUACCUAGCCGCCAGCUGGACCGAGAAUAAUAACGCACGCCAGAUCUUCACCGCCCGUGUUCGCAUUCUCGAAACGGCUAUCCCACCGUCCGCUACCAAUCCUCACGCACCCGAGACGAUCUCUGUUGAUGUUUUGCUUGAGGAUCCAAAUACCGGUGACUUAUUUGCUGGCGCCCCGUACGCAGACAAAUUGGUCGUGGAAGCAGCGGUCGACAGCUCGCGAUUCUUUGCGGUAAGGGUCGUAGGCGAUGGCGGGCGGAAAGCGGUGCUGGGGCUUGGCUUUGAAGAAAGGAGUGAAGCGAUAGAUUUCGGGAUCUGCUUGCAGGAGUGUAGAAAGACUUUAGGUUAUGAAGGUGCCCCUCAAGUGGGCUCUAAAGCCCGUAAAACGCAGGAUUCUGAAUCAGCCAAGAAGGAUUGGAGUUUGAAAGAGGGCGAAACCAUCAAGAUCGAUAUUGGGAAUAGAGCAAAGCCAAACGAUGGGCAAGUCGAUAGCCUGAGGGGCAGUUCGGCCAAAGAAGAGGAGAAAGCAUUGUUCUCGAUAAAACCACCACCUUCCACGAGUAACAAGGGCAUACCAGCAUUGGCUCCACCUCAAGAAGCACAAGAAGGACUCUCGCGGAAGAGACGUAGCAGAGGUCCAGCCGCCGUCGGUGUAAAGGAGCUGGGCUUCGAUGACGAUUUUGGGGAAUUCCAAUGA